GUGACAGUGCGCCGCUCGCUUUCUCCGCCGACCGCCAUCAUCGCCCCCACUCGCCUCGUCGCCGCCAUCGACGACCACGACAGUCCGAACGCCCCCGUGGCCGCGGUACUCGACGUCGAUACGCGCAACAGCCCCAUCACCGCAGACGCCGCCCCCCAGCCCUUCCCCCCGCAUAGCCCGCGACCCAGCCGCUCCGCACGGCGGCAGCGCACCUCCCCCUCCACCGAUCCAUGAAUAUGUUCAACAAUGGGGCCUUCAACCAGCAAGACUUGCUCUUGAACUCCCUCAACCAGAACUCCCAGCCGAACCAUGGCAUGCCACCUCUCGGCGCCAGCGGCUUCACACCAGAGCAGCAGCGCCUGUUUCAUCAGAUGCAGAUGCAGCAGCAGGCCGGCGGGAACCAGUUCAGACCGCAAUCCGGCGCUGGACAGGACUUGAUGGGAGGUAGCUCAAUGAACGAGAUGUCCGCUCUCAUGGGGAAUGCUGGUAUCCCUGCUCGUAUGAAUGCGCAGCAGCAGCAGCUACAACAACAGCAGCUAGCAGCCCGCGGCUUCAACAAUAACGGGCAACCCACGCAGCAGAUGCUCUCGAUGAUGGGCAUGGGUGGUGGUCCGGCGAAUAACCGGAAUUCCAACCCUAUGCUUCAGGCCUUCCCCCAGGGUGUACUCGGCGCAUCGCGGCAACUAGAUCUCAUGGCCGCUGCGCAGAAUCAACAAAACCAGAACGCCCCCCUCCAUGUGCAACAGAUGCUCUUCCGACAGCAGCAGCAGCAGCAACAACAACAACGCGCUGGUCUGGCUGGCGCCGGCCCGUCCGCGAAUCUCAAUGGCCUUCGUCCUGGCAUGGGCAAUGGCUCUACCAACAUGUUCCCCACAUCCAUGGAUCCGCGUCGAACUUCGCCCACCCAUCCACAACAGAAUAACAUGAACGGCCUUGCCAACACUAUGGCCGGCACCGCCAAUCCCCAAGCCACGCUCGCUCAGUACAACGAGAAACUGCAGGCCCUGCGCGACUCGAUCGUCCAAAUGGAGACCGAGUUGCGGCAGAAGACAAUGCAGCGUGCGCAAGGUUACCUGGAGAUCAGCGAGGAUACCCUCCAGACGAUCGCGACGAACUUGCGCAUCAGAAAGGAGCACUACACGCGUUUGCAGUCGCUCGUCAUGCGUAUGCGCAGCGGCUCGAUCCCGAACGACGGCGAGCACAACUUGCCUGGGGGUUCGGCGGGUGGACCGGGACAGAAUGGCUUUCCGUCGCAACAUGGUUUGGGCCCAUCCGGCUCGAAUCAAGGUGCGGGGCCAAGCUCGUCUCCGUGGAUGCAAAAUGGCGGGCUCGGUGCUUCGUUCGGCGUCAAUGGCCUUCAAUCCGGUAGCCAGACCUCCCCUGCUAACGCCGCCGCUUCACUUCCGCAAAAUGUCAACGCUCCGCCCCGCUCUGGCCCCACGCCCCAGUCGUCCUUGCACGCGACGUUGGGAAUGCAAGGAACUCCUCAGCAGUCGAACUCGCGACUGCCAUCGGGCUCCUUUUCCAUGUCGCCGAGCAUGUCCGCUUCGUUGCCAUUCCAGCAGCAGUCUCCGGCGCAGAACGGCGCUCCAUUCGGCGGUGCUGGUCAACUGCAUCCCGGGCUGAACGGCAAUCCCUUCCCCCAUCUGGAGAAGCAUCGAUUCGAGCCUAUAUACAACAACUUCUGCUCAAAGCAUCCCGAUAUCAAGCGCGACCCUCGCCUCUUCGAUGGCCGGCCGAUCGACGUGUACAUGCUUCACGUGGAGGUGAAUCGCGAAGGCGGCAUGAACAAGGUCAAGGCCAACAACGCGUGGCCCAUCAUCGCUGCGCGCUUAGGCUUUGCAGCCCCCGGACCAGAACCCGCGAAGUCAACUCCCGACGUCGCCGAACAAGUCGCGAAGUGCUAUCAAGACUGCCUUGGCCUGUUCGACACGCAGCUGUACCAAACCAUGGCCGAAACUCGACGGAGGGAGAUGUUCAUGACGAUGCACAACCAGGCGAACCAGGCCACCGGCGGCAACAACCCUGCGCCCAACCCUGCUCAGCUUCCCGCGCUCGCCCGUCUGCACCCGCAGCAGCUCCAGGCGCUCGUCAAGUAUGCUAACCUGUCUGUGGAGCAUAUGCGCGCGCAGGGUUUGAAUGCGAGCAUCAUCCAGCUGGUUGAGAACAAUCGCGCUGGCCUGCAGCGGUACGCCAUGGAGCAGCAUGCCUUCCGUGGUAGCGUGAAGUCCGGCGCCGCUCAGAACGGGAUGCAACAGGGUGUUGGGUCGAUGGCGGGACCAGGUGGUAUGCCGGCGGAGAACCUUGCGCUGGCAGGGCUGCAGCGACCGGGGCUGGGAGGCAUGGGAGGGGGCAACAUACCUCAGCCGCAGGACAUCCCUAUCCAGCUGUUCGUCAAGGUCUUGGACUAUCUACCCCUCGGCGAAUCAGCACUGCAGCAGGCGACGGGCUUGAUCGAACGCGCACGGGUGGAGUUCUCGAACAAAGUAGGCCUCCAGCGCUUACCGAAUAAGGAUGUCGCGCCCGAGCUUAGAGGCAGGCUGGCGACAAUAAUUCAUCAGACGAUGCAGGUUGCGCAGCUCAUGGACGCACGAUUGCACCGCUUCUUCCUGUUGGUGCGCGCAGAGAACACGACCAAGAGUCUCAUCUCCGCUUUCGCGAUCCUGCGCAAACAGCACGAACUGCUGCAGGGCACUCAGCCGCGCUUCGUCAUGGGCGUGGAGGAACUCAGCAUGACCCUGCUCAAGAUGAAGGAGUGCGCUGAUCUCGCGAUCAAUCAAGGCAAGCAGUUCAUCCAGAAGGCGCACAUGCAGAAUCCGCAAAUGCUGGCCCAGAGGGGCUUACCUCCCGGGCCUCCUCCGCCGCCUAUGGACCCUCCGCAGAAUGUGCCGUCGCAUACAUUGCCUCCGCAGCCGGGUCCCGCAGGCAGCGCUGUGCCUCCUCGACCGCCGGUCAACCUGCAACCGCCACCGAUCGGGAAGCACAAGAAGAACGUCUCAACACCUGCUGCGUCUCCUGCCGGAGGAAACGUUGCUCCUACCCCACCACCGACUACCCCUGCUGUCACGCCGGCCCAGAUGGCAGCGUCUCCGUCCAAUGUCAAGUCGCCGAAGAACAAGCCCGCCACCAGGCCAAAGCCAAAGCCAGUGCGGCGACCAUCGAAGGCAACUGCGCCCACUCCGCCGUCGACGUCCACACCCGCGACAGAGCCCCAGACGCCCACAAUCGGCAAGCGCCAGCGGGAGGACGACCCAGCCCAAUCACCCAUCAACGGGCCAUCGCCUCCAAAGCGAGCGAAGGCCGAAGAGGAGAUCGCAGCUCCCUCUCAGUUGCCCGAGGACAAGACGGCUAACCUUGAAUCGAAGACGGACCAGGAGGUCGCCGCAUGCCUCGACCAGAUGAAGGAGCUGGUGCAGCAGGCGUCGCAGGGUGACGGUAGCUCCAGCAUGAAUGCCAACAUCGCGGAAGCGUUCGACGAGUUGCUCAAGCAGAGCAUCUCCCUACCCGACGCAUCCGGCGAUGGCUCCAUGGACAUGCCGGGUCCGCUCGACGGGUCCCUGGGCAUGGGGGGUGUCGAUGACUCGCUCUCAUUCUUCGACUGGACCGCGUACGGCAUCAAUGCGGACGCGCCGGAUGGCAGCGACUCCGUGGCGCCGACGCCAGACUUGCUGCACUCCUCGACGAACACAAGUCCAGAGUCUGCAGCCGGCGGCGACGCGGACGCCGCUCACAGCGGCGCGGGCGAGAAGCACGAGGAGGAACAGGUGGCCGCGCAUCUGAAUGUGGGCAUCUGGAAGGACAUCGAGGGCGGUUCGGAGUCGCUGUACCACCAAGCAGCGGCGGAGUGGAAGUGGGACGGCGUGAUGCCGACGCUAGAUCAGCCGUGGGCGAUCUCGUCAGGGUAGUCGCGGACUUGUAUAUGUUCUCCUUGCUUUACUUCGUUCUAGUUAAUCCCGUUUUACCUAUCUUAUGGUCGCCAUCGUGGAGCUUUCAAAUCUCUUGCGUAUAUAUGUAUAACGUCUAGUCCGUUUGUGAUACUACUCUAUCGCAUGUAUCAUCGUACCUUCGUCUCUUUGCUAUCGAGAACUUGCAGAAUUGUAUGCGCGGGAAGAAACCUAGAUCUUUCCUGAGAGCC